AUGGCACAAACCACCUCAAACAAUACGGAAGGCUCCCUUCAAAAAGACCUCGAAGUAGAGAGGAUCGGAGUGGUUCCUUCUCUCCCACCACAAAUGAUCGCCGAGGAAGAUGUAAAGGUUGCCGAUGAGGAGAUGUUUCCUGCGACAGUUGUGUGA